GAGAGCUGGGGUUUCCUGUAUACAACAAAGACUCCCAGCCAGCCAGCCAACCAAGCACAUCAUAAUACUCAGCACUAUUUUAAUACUACCCCUAGUAUGGCUGCAUGGUGUUGUUCCUCAAACUGAUUUAACUGAAUAUUUAUAUAACCACACAUACAUAUACAUGUAUAUACCAAACUUCUAGUGAUCAGAACUCUAAUGAUCUGAUCAUCCCUCCACCAGUUUCAGUUUGUGGGUGUCCUUUUUUUCUUUUUUUUCUUUUUUUUUUCUGUGGUGGGGAGGAGGGGUGUCCCUAUAUGUUUCCCAAAGUUCAUGCAGGUAUGGAAAUGGACAUGGUCAAGGAUUGUGGUAAAAAUGAAGGGAAUGCAUUGAAGCGUUUGCAGAUUUUUGCCGAAAGAAUGAAACGAUUUCCGGGUUUGGUUUGGAGCACGGUGUGGACCGUCGCACGGGAUGACCCGAGAAGGGUGAUCCAUGCUUUGAAAGUUGGCUUGUCUUUGACACUGGUUUCCUUGUUGUAUCUGAUACAGCCGCUGUUUGUUGGGAUUGGACAGAAUGCCAUUUGGGCUGUCAUGACUGUGGUUGUUGUGCUUGAGUUCACUGCAGGGGCAACUUUGUGCAAGGGACUGAACCGUGGAUUGGGGACAUUGUUAGCUGGAUCAUUGGCCUUUUUCAUAGAGUAUAUUGCAACUGAAUCCGGUCGGACUUUCCGAGCAGUUUUCAUCGGAGCGGCAGUCUUUCUGAUUGGAGCUGCAGCCACAUACAUGAGGUUUUUUCCUUAUAUUAGGAAGAACUAUGACUAUGGAAUCGUGAUAUUUCUCUUGACCUUCAACCUAAUAACCGUGUCAAGCUACCGCGUUGAAAAUGUCUUGAAGAUUGCGCAUGAGAGAUUCUACACCAUUGCCAUAGGCUGUGGUAUCUGCCUAAUGAUGAGUCUACUGGUAUUUCCUAAUUGGUCAGGAGAAGAGCUCCAUAAUUCCACAGUGUUCAAGCUUGAAGGCCUAGCUAGAGCUAUUGAAGCUUGUGUGAAUGAGUACUUUAGGGAAGAAACAGAACUAAACCAAGACAAAUCAACAGAGGAUCCCAUAUAUGAAGGUUAUAAGGCUGUUUUGGACUCCAAGUCUCUGGAUGAAACCAUGGCCUUACAUGCAAGUUGGGAACCAAGGCAUUCAAGACACUGUCACAGAUUUCCAUGGCAGCGAUACGUGAAAUUGGGAAACGUUCUUCGACAUUUUGGAUACACCAUUGUAGCUCUACAUGGAUGUCUAGGAACUGAAAUUCAGACCCCAAGAUCUGUUAGGUUACUCUUCAAGGACCCAUGCAUUCGCCUUGCAGGAGAAGUAUCGAAAGCACUAAUGGAACUUUCCAACAGCAUGAGAAAUCGCCGCCAUUGCUCUCCCGAAAUACUAUCCGAUCACCUCCAUGAAGCUCUCCAAGACCUAAACACAGCCAUAAAAUCACAACCAAGACUGUUCCUAGGCUCCAACAGCAACCAGGCUACCAACAUGCUUGCCCUAGCAGCGGCACACGCCACACAACAAAAGCAAGGAGUCUCGUUAUCAAGCGUGAAAACCGACAGUUCAGCGCUACUCGAGUGGAAAACAAAGAGGGCUAAUGAGCAGGCAAAGGAGCCGGAGAGAAAGUUCUUGAGGCCACAGCUGAGUAAAAUUGCCAUCACCAGCCUCGAGUUCUCGGAAGCGCUUCCGUUUGCCGCUUUUGCAUCUCUGCUGGUGGAGACGGUGGCAAAGUUGGAUCAUGUGAUCGAGGAAGUUGAAGAGUUGGGGAGGAUUGCAUGCUUCAAAGAGUACGAGCAUGGGGAUGAGAAUAUUGUUGUAACUUAUGAGAGGCCACCGGUGAAUCCUAUCCAAAACCAUUUGCCUUCCCAUGGGGCUGAUUAAUUAUUAAGACUUAAUCUGUACAAGGAAGGAAGGAUGUCAUAAUCUGAAUAUUAUUGGCAGUGGUUAGCUAAUUAUUGUUAAUUUAAACUAUUUGUCAUA